AUGUCCGACCCCCCUCGCGGCGUCCCAGCCCGGCGACGCUCCUCCGUCGCAUAUGAUCCUGCCAGAGACACUUUCAAAGAACUACCUAAUACCAUUCCUGAAGACGCCAUUGCCGAAGUGGACGAAGAACCAGCCCCAAAUACGACCACCACGACUUCGAGUCCACCCAAUAACCAAGCCUCAGGUGAUCAAGGCCGAAAGCGAAGACGCUCAGCAUCCGGUGAGAGAGAAGUGAGAGACAGGCGAGACAGAAACGGCACCAGUCACACCAAUUCUCCCGUUUCCAAGAAGCGAAGGCCAUCUACCUCACCUUCCAGAAGAGCUUUGAAUUCGCCCAGGCCAUCAAACAAUAAUAUGGAGCGCGAGAAGUUUCCCCCCAGGGUUCCUGCGGAUCUUCCUCGUAUUCCACUGAAACCAAGAGAAGAGGGUGAAGUCUCAACGGCGAGUCGUGUUCCAUCGGCUUACAGUCGUCGAUCUGAACCAGAAGAUCGCCGAAGAAAUGGCAAUUAUCAACGUCGAUCACGCUCUCCACGACGUCGCUCGCCCCACAAUGCCUAUUCACGCCGUUCUCCACCACGAGAGCGUCGCAGGUCUCCUUCACCCAUUCGUGAUUCUCCUCCUCGUGAGAUAAUUCGACCUGGCGGUGCUCGAGGUCGAGGUCGUAAUGUCCUUGCAGAACAACAGCGACUUGCAGCUGAACGUGAGGCGAAACAGGCAGCCUUGUCCAAUUCUCGCGGUGUUCAAGAAGUCUCCAAUCAAUUUUACAAUGCACGCCCUGAAUGGGUGAAAGAGCGCGGCAGGGAUUGGCGCAGAAACGAGUCAAAGAUCAAAGGACUACGGAGCUUCAACAAUUGGAUCAAGUCCACUUUGAUUCAUAAAUUCAGUGCCGAAGAGAAAAAAGAGGUCGAAGAAUUGGGAUGGGGAGAGGAAGCCAAAGAACCAGAAGAGCAAAAGCCUUUACUGAUACUAGAUGUUGGUUGUGGAAAAGGAGGUGAUCUAGGUAAAUGGCAGCAAGCCCCUCAAAAGGUUGGCCUCUACGUCGGACUAGAUCCUGCCGAGACCAGCAUCUCACAAGCCCGUCAAAGGUAUCAAGAAAUGCGACGACAACGCCGUCCUAUUUUUGAUGCUCGCUUUGUUCCCCAAGACUGUUUCGGUGCAUGGAUUGGCGAUGUUCCAAUUGUUCGAGAGGUGGGCAUCGAUCCUAAUGCGGGCAGUGGCCAGCCUAGUCGUUGGGGUGGCGGUGGAUUCGAUGUGGUUGCUGCAAUGUUCACCAUGCACUAUGCAUUCGAAUCAGAAGAGAAUGUGAGGAUGAUGUUACGCAACGUUGCCGGCAGCUUGAAGAAGGGAGGUCGCUUCCUUGGGGUGGUUCCCAACAGCGAUGUUUCUGCAGAACGCAUCAGGAAAUGGUUUGCAGAUAAGAAAGCAAAGGAAGGAGACGCCCCUGACGGUGAAUCCAAGAACGCAGAGAAAGAAGAAGGUGAAACUGAGGACGGUCCAUCCUGGGGCAACUCCAUCUACAACGUCCGCUUUCCGAAUGACCCACUCCGUCCUUUACAGGCAGAUGGUGGUUUCCGACCCCCAUUCUCAUGGAAAUACACCUACUGGAUGGCUGAGGCAGUCGAUGUGCCGGAGUUUGUCGUUCCGUGGGAAGCCUUCCGUGCUAUUGCAGAGGGAUUCAAUCUUGAACAGCGUUAUCGCAAACCAUUCCCCGAGGUCUUUGAGUCCGAGAGAGGAAACAAAGAACUGAUGCAGCUGGCCGUCAGGAUGCGUGUGGUAGAAUAUGAGGGUGGUCCAAAGAUCUUGAGUCCUGAGGAAGAGGAGGCGGUUGGCUUUUACCAUGCCUUCUGCUUCGUCAAGGUGUGA